CCCAACCCUACCUACGCCAUUCUCACUCUCACCAUUGAACCCUUCUCAAUUCUCAGUAGUCAUGGCGACAACGAAGAAGAGAAGCGAAAACCCCACAAAAACAAAAGACGCAGAGACUAAGAAGAACACCAACAACAACGAGAUUUUCGCAUCAUGCUCUUUCUCCAGCCUCGGUCUCCACUCCUCCUUAUGCGACCAGCUCCGAGACAGGAUGGGCUUCGAAGCUCCCACGUUGGUACAAGCCCAAGCCAUUCCAGUUAUUCUCUCUGGCCGUCAUGUACUUGUGAAUGCUGCUACUGGUACUGGAAAAACUAUUGCGUACUUGGCUCCAAUCAUUCAUCACUUGCAGGGAAAACAACCUCGUAUUCAGCGUUCUGAUGGAACUUUCGCGUUGGUCCUUGUCCCAACGCGGGAGCUAUGCAUGCAGGUUUAUGAAAUCUUACAGAAGUUAUUGCACCGUUUUCAUUGGAUUGUCCCGGGUUAUAUAAUGGGUGGUGAAAACAGGUCAAAGGAGAAAGCCAGGCUUCGCAAAGGCAUAUCUAUUCUUGUUGCUACACCUGGGCGCCUCUUGGAUCACUUAAAGAAUACAUCAUCAUUUUUGCACACUAAUAUGCGAUGGAUAAUCUUUGACGAAGCUGAUAUGAUUUUGGAAUUAGGAUUUGGGAAAGAAAUAGAGGAAAUACUAGAUCAAUUGGGUUCAAGGCCAAAUCAGUUUGCUGGCAAAGAGAGUGCUGUUUCAUGUAAUUCUGAGCCUCAGAGACAGAAUUUGCUAUUAUCGGCUACUUUAAAUGAAAAAGUAAAUCAUCUUGCCAAACUUAGUUUAGAGAAUCCUGUUAUGAUUGGCCUUGAUGACAAGAAGAUACAGCCUACAUUAUCAUCUGAAGAUUUUGAAUCUUUGGGAUUUGAUGUGAAUGAUGAAUUAGAACAGCCUGAUAAAUUGAUUAGCUCUUCAAUUGCAGAUUUUAGAGUUCCAUCUCAAUUAGUUCAGAGAUAUGUGAAAGUACCCUGUGGCUCACGGCUAGUUGUACUUCUUUCCAUUCUAAAGCAUCUUUUUGAGAGCGGACCUUCCCAAAAGAUUGUGGUAUUCUUUUCAACAUGUGAUGCAGUGGAUUUUCACUACUCUCUGCUAAGUGAAUUCAAACUCUCCCCUAAUACACAACCAGAGGAAGAACUAAGACCAUUGUUCAUUAGAAGUAAAACUUUUCGAUUACAUGGGAAUAUGAAGCAGGAGGAUAGAAGAACCACAUUUCAGGCUUUUAAAACAGAAAAAUUAGCUCUUCUCUUAUGCACAGAUGUUAUUGCUAGAGGCGUGGAUAUUCCAAAAGUUAAAUUUAUUAUACAAUAUGAUUCUCCAGGGGAGGCUACGGAAUAUGUGCAUAGGGUUGGCAGAACUGCUCGGUUGGGCGAACGAGGAGAGGCAUUGUUAUUUCUGCAACCAGUUGAAAUGGACUAUUUAAAAGACUUGGAGAAACAUGGCGAGUCUUUAACUGAGUAUCCCCUCCUUAAAGUCUUGGAUAGUUUCCCAUUGUAUGAUCAGAAGCGCCAUGUCAAGAAGUUUCUCACCUUAGACUUACAUCCCUGGGUUCUAGCUCUGCAGAAGGCACUUGAAUCAUUUGUUGUGGCCCAGCCAAGCAUGAAGAAACUGGCCAAGGACGCUUUUUGCUCCUGGGUCCGUGCAUACACUGCCCAUCGCGGGGAGCUGAAAAGAAUAUUUAUGGUGAAGAAACUUCAUUUAGGGCAUGUCGCAAAGAGCUUUGCAUUGAAGGAACAACCUUCCUUGGUUGGUAAGUCAUUUCAAAACCAACAAAGGAAGAGGAAGAGAGAAGAAAAGCAGAAGGGACUGUCGAGAUCGAAAAAGAGGAAAUUUGUUGGUAAGAACAUGAACAAAUAAUACAAAGCAGCAAACAGUGACAAUUUGAAAGUUGAGAGUUGUACUGCUGCUGAAGCGAGGCUGACCAAUUGUUUAGACUUUAGAGCUCUUCCAAAGUCUGUAGCAGACAAUGGCUAACAAAUGAAGGUUGAGGGUGCGGGACUUGAAUAGUUCAUUGCCUCCACCCUAUUCAUUUUGCCAUGGGCCAGGUGAUUGCAUAUGCGAAAGGUAUUUAUUUGUGUAUUCAAAGAGUUCAGGAAUGACAAAAGGCUUAUGUGUACUUCUAUAGUCA